AUGCGUUCGAAUCCCAUAACGAGCGCCUUCACACGCUGCGCCUGCUCUCACCUCCGCACCCCCCUUCGAAGACAUCGCUUUCGCGAGAGCCUGCAAGACUACCUCGACGAGCGGGAUCUCGACCUAGACGCGCGCAUCGAUGCCCUGCACGAUCUUGGCGCGAGAUUCAGCGAUCCGGCGGAGGAGAAUGUGGAUUUGCUGAAAGAGUUGAUGUGCAUGGAGCCUUCGCUGGAAGUGAUCUACGAAGGGGCUGUGAGGAUGGCCGUCAUUCAGCGAUUGGUGGAGGUGAAAAGCAGCAUCGAUGGCCUGAUCAGUUCGUACGGCUGCCUGCGAGCUUUUGAUAACUUCUUGCGCGAGUUUCCGGACGAGGUGGAUAUUGAGCGGGGUCGGUCACUGUUGCGGGAUCGGCUGGGAUUUCGAGGGGGAUGUUGA